GUAGGCGGGGCCCCCCACCGCUGCAGCGGCCCCAGCUGUGACACACGCUGCGCGGCUCCUGCGCCGCGUCCACAGGCUUGGUUCAAACAGGGAGGUGACCAGCGGCGGCGGCGGCAGCUCAGUGGAGAAUAGCUCCUCUAUGAACGCCCCUCAGACUCACUUAUGUGAAUCACAUUUUCCACUUUGAGCAGAGUUGCUUCAGCACUGGGCCUGUCCGAGAGGAGCCGCGUUCUCAAAGUUCUCUUCCUCCCUCGGAGGCGCAGAAAAAACGAGCGGAUGCGCUGUUGGCACAUGGUCUGCGGCUGAAAACGCCCCGAAAAGAUCAAUACAGCCGAGGCGCUGCAAAGUUUUUGAAUAAGAAGCUGGAGACAUGUUGGACUUUUAUUUGGUUUCUUGUUGGAUGAGAUGUUUGGAUCGCGAUUGACGAGCUGCGCUGUUUUGAUGGAUCAGUCUAAAUGGAGCCAGUGAGACGGGUUGGGUCCAGCUCGGCUCGCUGAUUGUCUCCGUCAGCGCAGACAGACAUGGAUCUUCAGGUGAUCGUCUGGCUGGUGUACUGCUUUCUGCUGCCAGCCGUCCUCCUGACAGCUUCUCUUUUCCGCUUCAACUUACUGUCACUGGUUUACUUCCUCUAUCUGCUGCUGCUGCCAUGGUUCUUCUGCCCAAACAAGUACACAGUGAGAGGUCACACUGGUCGGUUUAUUAAAACAGUGUUCUGCACCAGUCUACUGUUCGUUCUGGCUCACAUUUGUUUCCAGGCCGUGCUGCAUACAUUUACUCCCCUCAACGACGCAAUAGGGUAUAACUGUUCACGAUGGGAAACCAUAACCAGACACAUUGGACUGUCCCGGCUUCCCUUGGAGGAUCCUUGGAAUGUGCUCCGUCUCCUGUGUCCGGAUGUAGGAGUGUGUGUGGUGUCACUCGUUACUAUUGUUCUCUGCAGCAGAUUGGUCAGGAACAGAGAAAUGGUGGCUGCAGCCAAUAUAACAUCACUUGAAGAGGAUUCUGCAGACACAACAACAGAGAAUGAGGAAGAUGAAGGGUCAUCAGCUGAUGAAGAGGAGGAGGAGGAGGAAAGGUCUUUGAACGGUGACCCCGAGGAGGUUUCCACAGCAACCAGAGCCAAGCAGCUGGCAGAAGGUCUCAAAGUCAAAGUGUUGAAAAUCCUGCGGGACCUGGGGAGGGUGAUGGUUGUCAUCCUGCUGGGUCUGGCCGGCAUCACGCUACCAUCUGCCUUCUCAGCACUUUACUUCCUCCUGUUCAUUGGGGUGUGCACCUGGUGGGCAUGCCAUCUACCCAUCAGCCUCCUGGGAUUUAAUGCACUGUGUGUGAUGGUGGGCUUCUUCGCUGCUGGCCACAUGGUGUGCCUGUACUUGUACCAGAGUCUGCUGGGCCAGGCCUUCUUCCCUCCCCACAGUCUGUGGGCCAGACUUUUUGGUCUAAAGGACAUCAUCAUACCAGGAAACUGCUCCAUGCCUGAUGACCUCAUCCUGAACCACAGUCACGGCUGGCCAGUUUAUGUCAAUCCAGGAAUCCUCCUGUUGCUGUAUGUUACUGUAGCAGCUGUUAUCAAAUCAGGAUUGCAGGCUACAUCUAACCAGCUGGAAAAAAGAAAAGCUUCAAAGGACGAUUGGGUGGAGUUAAAAUCGUGGAAUGAACAAGAAGACAACUGUGAAGACGAGACACAGAUCACCCUAGUGUCCAGGGAAUCAGAAGGUCCAGGGGAGACAGUGACUGGAGAACAUCAGUCAGGUGUUGCAGGUGAGGCCCGUAAGGGACAGCUGAAUGAGAGCCCAUUUUUCCUGCUGGGAAGGGUGGUGAUGCAGCAGAGCUAUGUCUGCGCCCUCAUAGCCAUGAUGGUUUGGAGCAUCACCUACCACAGCUGGCUAACCUUUGUGCUGCUGCUGUGGGCUUGUCUCAUCUGGAUGCUACGUUCCAGACGACAUGCAGCAACACUGUGCUCUCCCUUCAUCCUGCUCUAUGGCCUGGCUCUGUGCUGUCUGCAGUACGUCUGGGCCAUGGAGCUUGAACCGAUACUGCCCACCAAAGUGGGGACGAUGAGCCUCAGACAGCUGGGACUGGACAGAGCAGAGUAUCCCUGUCUAAGACUGGGAGCUAUGCUUUUGUUUACCCUAACCUUCUGGCUGUUGGUGCGUCAGUCGGUGAAAGAAAACUUCAGGAGAAAGAGCAAAAUGUCUACACCUCUACAGGAAGUCACCACAAAAGAACUGGGCGCUGGCAGUGAGUCAGUGCUGAAGAUUCUGGGAGGCAUGGUGAUGAGCUGCUAUGCCAAAUACUGGAUCUAUGUUUGUGGAGGGAUGUUCAUCAUGGUCUCUUUUGCUGGAAAACUGGUUGCAUACAAGAUUGUCUACAUGUUGCUCUUCCUGCUCUGCCUUUGCUUCUAUCAGGUGUACUACUCUCUUUGGAGACAUCUGCUGAAGCUCUUCUGGUGGCUGGUUGUGGCCUACACCAUGCUCGUGCUCAUCUCCAUCUACACAUACCAGUUUGAAGACUUCCCUGAAUACUGGAAGAACCUAACUGGCUUCACAGAUGACCAGUUGGCAGCCAUCGGCCUGGAGACGUUUGCUCUGUCAGAGCUCUUCUCCAGUAUUCUCAUCCCUGGUUUCUUCCUGCUGGCCUGUAUUCUGCAGCUGCACUACUUCCACAAGCCCUUCAUGAGGAUCACUGACCUGGACCAUGUUACUCCCACACACAGAAGGAAGAAGAAAGAAAGAACUGAGGAAGGCAGCUCUGAUAAUGUGAGGGUAAACCCUGAGGAAGAAGAACUAGUGCCUGACAAUGAUAAAGAAUCUGAAGAUGAAGAGUUGGUGCCCACUAAAUGGGGUCUGGUCAUGGACAGGAUUCUGGUUUUGUCCAGGAAGUUCUCGGACAUCCUUACUAAAGUCCAGGGGUUCCUCUGGAGGAUUCUGGAGCUUCACAUCCUCAAAAUGGUGGCAUUUUUCUCUGUGUGGUUUGCACUUGAAGAGCCCUCAGUGAUGAAUCUGGUCCUGGUGGUGUUGUGGUCUCUGGCGAUGCCUUUUAGCCGCUUCAGGCCCAUGGCAUCGUGCCUGUCCACAGUUUGGGUCUGUGUUAUCAUUGUCUGUAAGAUGCUCUAUCAACUAAGUGUUGUCAACCCCUCUGAGUACUCCCACAUCUGUGACAUGCCACUAACUAACACAACCAACUUAUUACCAGAGGAGAUGAAUAACUCCACGCUCUACAAGGAGCCCAUUGAUCCAGCCAAGUGGUUUGGUAUCAGAAAAGAUACGACGGCGCUGGGAUAUAGCAAGAAUCAUUUGAUAGUGCUGAUGUUGCUGGUCUUUGAGGCAACGGUGUACCGUCACCAGGUUCACCAUUAUCGUCAGCUCCUGCGAUCCCCCCCAACCAUACCGACCCUCUUCCCUUCUGCAAAGAGGGACACUUUAGACAAGGGCCUCAUUCCAUGCUUCAAGUACCUGCUCAACUUCGCCUUUUACAAGUUUGGAUUGGAGAUAUGCUUUCUGAUGACGGUGAAUGUGAUUGGGCAGCGAAUGAACUUCCUUGUCAUAAUCCACGGCUGUUGGAUGGUGGCCCUCUUGGUGAGGCGGCGACGAGCAGCUAUCGCUAAGAUCUGGCCCAAAUACUGUCUCUUCCUGUCGAUCUUCAUGAUCUACCAAUAUGUGUUGUGUGUGGGCAUACCUCCUGCUCUCUGCAUAGACUACCCAUGGAGGUGGAACAAUCAACUGUUAAUGAGUUCAGCUCUCAUUAAAUGGAUCUUUCUGCCUGAUUUCUACACUGUGCCCAACUCCAAAAACCUGAUAGCGGACUUUCUCCUGCUGAUGUGUGCCUCCCAGCAGUGGAAGGUGUUUGAGUGUGAGAAGCAGGAGGAGUGGAUGGUCCAAGGAGGAGAGAACACUGAUGAGCCUGAUCCAAUGGAGGGUCAGCUCUUUAACCCUGCGCCCAACUUCAUCAACUGCAGGAGUUAUCUGGACAUGGUGAAGGUGUUGGCCUUUCGGUACUUCUUCUGGUUCGUGCUGUCGAUGGUCUUCAUCACUGGGGCCACCAGGAUCUCUAUAUUUGGGCUUGGUUAUCUGACCGCAUCCUUCUUUUUUCUGCUGUUUGGAACCAAGCUGUUGGUCAAACCUUCCAGAGUUCGCCUCAUGCUCUGGGACUGUCUCAUCAUCUACAACGUGGCAGUUAUUAUAUCUAACAGCAAGCUGGACGAAUCAAUCCUGGCCUGCGUGUUUGUGUCUGAGAUGCAGGCAGGAUUCUGUUGGGUGAUUCAGCUCUUCAGCCUGGUUUGCACAGUUAAAGGAUAUUAUGAUCCUAAUGCUGUGAGUGGUGAGACGUGCAUCCUUCCAAUAGAAGAAGCAGGGAUUCUGUGGGACAGUUUGUGUCUUCUCUGUCUCUUGCUGCAGAGGAGGGUCUUCCUCAGUUUCUACUUCCUGCAUGUGACAGCAGAACUACAGGCGUUUGCCAAACAGGCAUCAAGAGGGUUUGAGCUCUUCAGAGCCAGCAUUAUGAAGAACGUUAAGUUUCAUCAACAGAUUGAAAAGAAAUCACUGUCACAACUCAAGAAAUCGAUGCAGAGGAUUCGCUCUAAGCAACAAAAGUACAAGGAUGGACAGAAAAGCAGUGAAAUUUCCACAGAAACCCAGGAAGCUGGUAGAAGCAGCCCUGACCACCCUCCAGAAGUUGAAUCUCAGAAAGACGGGAAUAAGUCUAAGAAGAAGAACUGGUACCAACCAUGGAUAAACCACGCAGCAGUCAUCCACUCAGGGGACUACUACCUGUUUGAAUCCGACAGUGAGGAUGAAGACGAUCUGAAUUAUGAAGAAAAGAAGCCUCAGACGCAGACUGCGUGCCAGCUGGCAUACCAGGCAUGGGUGACUAGUGUGAAGACAGCUUUGAGGGAACGCCAGAGACGUCAGAGACACUUGAAAGCCAUUAAAGGAAAAGAAGCAAGGAUACGAGAAAGAAGAGAUUCCCAACAGGAAGCUCUCACGCUGAAGGCUUCUGCAGAUAACGUUUUUGAGGAGGCUGAUGUUAAUGGCGAAGUGGAGGAUCCUGAGGAGGAAGAGUCUGUGCACGGAGAGAUGGUUCAGAAGAUCCUGGACAUUCUACGCUUCCUAUGGGCCAUUAUUUUGGCCAUGGUGGAUGGUCUGACCCAGUGGCUCAAUCUGCUCACUAAACAGUACAGAGAUACAUCUACUGUCCUGUGCAACGAACGCUACUUCAUCAUACACAAAAUCAAACAGCGUGAUACAGCCGAGUCCAGAGAAGACCUGGGGUCCCAGAACAGUGAGAGUUCCACUCUGAGUACAUGUUUGGAUCAAGCUGCUCCAGAACAUGCUACCAGAAGCAGAGUCGAGACCCAGAGGCGCAGCAGCAACGGGCAUCUCCUCCCUGAAGAAGCCCCAAGCAGCGACGCUGGACUGCAGCCAGAGCCAUUAAGACAGAGACACUCCAGAACAGCCAGCGAGAUCCUGUCCGACAGAGCCUUUUUUAUAGAGGAGCUGGAGCAGAGCAGAGAAUUCUACAGCAACCAGAACCGUUUGCUGAGGCUGCUGGUAGCCGUGUACAACCUGCUGUCGGCCAAUUCAGAGCUGCUCUGCUAUUUAAUAAUAGUCCUGAACAAUGUGGUCAGUGCCUCUGUCAUCUCGCUGGUCCUGCCGAUGCUGGUCUUCCUGUGGGCCAUGCUUUCUGCUCCAAGACCAACUAAGAGGUUCUGGAUGACAGCUAUAGUCUACACAGAGGUGAUGGUGGUGCUGAAAUACAUUUUCCAGUUUGGGUUCUUUCCAUGGAACAGUGUUUAUGAGAUGACCCUAAAUGAAGACAAGCCCUUCUUCCCACCACGCAUCUUUGGCCUGGAGAAAACUGACAGCUACAUCAAAUAUGACCUCCUUCAGCUGCUGGCUCUGUUCUUCCACAGAUCCCUCCUCAUGCAAUAUGGUCUGUGGGACCAUGAGGGCCCCCUGGAGGAGCAAUGCACACCAGAAGAUGGACAUAACAUCAGAGCAGCAGAGGAAAACGGGAGCAGGAAGGAGGAAACCCCAGAAGCUGAAGGAAAAGAUCAGGACAUUCAAGAACCAGGUACCAGCUCAGAGGCUGCUACCAUGGAGUCCCGUGAUGCUGCUGAACCCCUGUCUGCUGAGUUGGGGGAAGACCCUGACAAAGAGCCCAGGAUCAACAAUGUGGAUCCUUUAGAUGUGAUGGAGAGAGACGAUAAACGGCUGACAGAGGAAGUUCCAAAGAGAGACAGCAGGAUCCGAUUCCGCAAAAAGAACAAGAAAGCAAGAAAGCAGGACAGCAAAGAGUCUCUGUCAGAGACUGCAGAGUCUGGUAAGGAACCAGGGGAGGAAAACCAGAAAGGCAAGAGGAGUGAGGCCGCCCUCAGAUUAAUCGCCGUGGGACACAAGAUCCAACAAGUCUUCAUAACGGGUUUCCAGAGCGUAAAGCAGCCAGCUCAGAGGUUCUUUAGAAGCAUAACCAAGGAUAAAUAUCGGGCUUCCACAGAUGUCUACGCACUGAUGUUCCUUACUGACGUCAUUGACUUUGUUAUCAUCAUCUUUGGCUUUUGGGCCUUUGGGAAGCACAGUGCUGCAGCCGAUAUAGCCUCCACGCUGUCAGAGGACCAGGUACCUGAGGCCUUCCUGGUGAUGUUGCUCAUCCAGUUCAGUACCAUGAUCAUUGACCGAGCUCUGUAUCUGCGCAAGGCGGUUUUGGGGAAACUCAUCUUUCAGGUGAUCCUUGUUUUGGGAAUUCAUCUGUGGAUGUUCUUCAUCCUGCCUGCUGUCACUGAAAGGAAGUUCAACCAGAACUUUGUGGCCCAGCUGUGGUACUUUGUCAAGUGUAUUUAUUUUGGCCUGUCGGCCUAUCAGAUCCGCUGUGGUUACCCCACUCGUAUCCUCGGCAACUUCCUCACCAAGAAGUACAACCACCUCAACCUGUUUCUCUUCCAAGGGUUCCGCCUUGUGCCAUUCUUGGUGGAGCUGCGUGCGGUGAUGGACUGGGUUUGGACCGACACAACUCUGUCCCUGUCAGACUGGAUGUGUGUUGAGGACAUUUAUGCCAACAUCUUUAUCAUAAAAUGCAGCCGGGAAACAGAAAAGAAAUACCCUCAGCCUAAGGGGCAAAAGAAGAAGAAGAUUGUGAAAUAUGGCAUGGGUGGACUUAUCAUUUUCUUCCUAAUCUGCAUCAUCUGGUUUCCCCUUCUCUUCAUUUCAUUGGUCAGAUCAGUGGUGGGCGUGGUUAACCACCCCAUUGAUGUCACAGUCACUUUCAAACUGGGAGGUUACGAGCCCCUGUUCACCAUGAGUGUGCAGCAGCAGUCAAUAAAACCCUUCACAGCUGCUGAGUACGACCAGCUCACCAAAACAUUUGGAGACAACGCAGUAGCCAUGCAGUUCAUCACUCUGUACAGCUAUGAGGACAUUGUGACGGCCAUGAUUGAGGGUAGCUCAGGAUCCGUGUGGAGGAUCAGCCCCCCCAGCAGGCAGGAGGUCGUUAAAGAGCUUCUUGGAAGUUCUGUGGAUCUGACCCUGCGUCUGGCCUGGACGUUCCAGAGGGACCUGGGUAAAGGUGGAACAGUUGAACACACGAUUGGCAAACAUUCGAUAGACCUGGAACCUGGAAACCCCGUCAGAGCAGAACUGGCAUCUUUACUGAUUGGUAAUCGGACUGAGCCUGUGCUUGUUCCUAAUAUGUUCCCUAACUACAUGCGUGCCCCUAAUGGAGCUGAGGCCAAACCAGUCAGCCAGCUAUAUAGAGAUGAUUACCAGGAUAUCACUCUGUCCCUGAUGAGUCACCGGUCUUCGAACAGCUCUGGGAACCAGGAGUGGUGGGACAUUGCCAUUUCAAAAUGUGAGCCCUCGUCAUGUAGUGUGCUCCCCAUGGUCAUAUUCAAUGACAAAGUCAGCCCACCAAGCCUGGGCUUCCUGGCAGGAUAUGGGAUUAUGGGUCUGUAUGUGUCCGUGGUCCUGGUCAUUGGGAAGUUUGUGCGUGGCUUCUUCAGUGAGAUUUCCCACUCCAUCAUGUUUGAAGAGCUGCCCUGUGUGGACCGCAUCCUGAAGCUCUGCACUGACAUCUUCCUGGUCCGGGAAACAGGAGAACUGGAACUGGAAGAGGAGCUCUACUCCAAACUGAUCUUCCUCUAUCGCUCUCCAGAGACUAUGAUCAAAUGGACUCGGGACAUCCACAUACGAGGGCAGAACUGACACCGAUUGUCUGUUUACUUGAUGUGAAGCCCAGUGAAGAGACGCCCAGUGGACAACACAUGACGGGCGUCUCAUGGACGUAUAGCCACAGAGACACUGUGCAGCAGACGUGGCUCAGCGGACACGCAAUGUGAAACAUCUCCUCAUGCUGGACUCCUUGUGCUGUUGUGUUUUUGCUGCUGCUGCCUGACCUCUCUGAUCAAACCAACCUCGACACACACUGUAGGAAUAAGGUAGCACCCUUUGGGGGUGUCCUGGGAAGCAGCUGGAUGUCCGCUGCAUAUCUGGAGCUUUAAACUAAAGAACCACCGCAGGCAGGGGGACUGUACAUGGGGCUUGAGCCAGCUGCUGUCCACAGCCGUUUCCCUUUCCCUUCCCAGAAUGCUUAGAGGUCACUAGAAAACAUGGUUUUAGUCUUACGGUGAUUUGUCUACAGAGAGGGCAAACAAAAGACACAAUGCACGCACUAUUGCUUUUUUUAAGAAACAGGAAUGUUCCCUUUUUAAAAAGAUGAAAAUCUGAGGUCUCAGUAAACUGUCUGCAAUAUGCUUGGAUGAAAAUGCCAGAGCAAAACCUCCCCACUGCACUGUUUUCAGCUCUGCCUUUACACCUGGGUUUGUUAGGGACGCCUUUAAAGCCUGCAGCUGGUUUCUCCUCUUAGACUACCGAGUUGCUCAGAGUAAGUACCUAAAGGAAAAGUAAGGCAGUGUGAAAAUCUAUAUAAAAUGACUUAACUUGAACCAACUUAAUAAUUUAGCUGUCUACACCAUCUUUGUCUCUGCAGUCAGAACCUCAAAAAAGGUACUCAGCACUAGGGCUGGACGAUAUAGAAUAAAAGCAUAUCGAUAAAAUAGAAAUCAUAUUGAUCGAUAUCGAUAAUUAUCAA